UCAUGCCAAGACGGUCUUGGGUUUCUGGCGGGGCGGUAGCAGCUCCCGACGCCGCGGAGGGACCAGAUCUGGGCAGAGUCUAGCGCGAGGGGCGGAGCCAGAGGGCUGCUUGCUCGCUCAGCCCUUGCAGUGAGCUGAUGCCGUCGCUCAUGUGACCGAAUGAGCUCUGCCCGCCAGGUGUGCCGCAGCAGAGGAGCGUCUGGAGUUGCUGUGAAGUAAGGAGUCCUACGCGGGUUUUCAGGACUUGCAUUCGGCGGGAUUCACGCAAGACUCGGGAGACAGUUGCACUCGUGAGGCGUGACUCUGCCUCCACGGAGUAAAACAAAACCAAAAACCGCUGUGUGGACAGGAGGAACACUGAACGGUUACAAUGAAACUCAUCAUUCUAGAGAACUAUUCUCAAGCCAGUGAAUGGGCUGCAAAGUACAUUAGGAAUCGAAUCAUCCAGUUUAACCCUGGUCCAAGCAAAUAUUUCACCCUUGGCCUUCCCACAGGAAGUACUCCAUUGGGGUGCUACAAAAAAUUAAUAGAAUAUUUCAAGAAUGGAGAUCUCUCUUUCAAAUAUGUGAAAACCUUCAAUAUGGAUGAAUAUGUAGGUCUUCCAAGGGAUCACCCAGAAAGCUACCAUUCCUUUAUGUGGAACAACUUUUUCAAGCACAUCGACAUCUCCUCUGAAAACACUCACAUUUUGGAUGGAAAUGCAGCUGACCUCGAAGCAGAAUGUGAGGCUUUUGAAGAGAAGAUCAAGGCAGCUGGAGGAAUUGAACUCUUUGUUGGAGGUAUUGGUCCUGAUGGUCAUAUUGCAUUCAAUGAGCCUGGCUCAAGUCUGGUGUCCAGAACCAGAGUGAAGACCUUGGCAAUGGACACUAUAUUAGCCAAUGCUAGAUUCUUUGAUGGGGACCUCUCAAAGGUGCCCACAAUGGCUCUCACUGUUGGUGUCGGUACAGUCAUGGAUGCCCGAGAGGUUAUGAUUCUGAUCACCGGGGCACAUAAAGCCUUUGCUUUGUACAAGGCUAUUGAGGAAGGAGUGAACCACAUGUGGACAGUCUCUGCUUUUCAACAGCAUCCCCAAACUGUCUUUGUAUGUGAUGAGGAUGCCACUCUGGAACUUAAAGUAAAAACAGUGAAGUAUUUUCAAGGUUUGAUGCUUGUUCACAACAAAUUAGUGGAUCCAUUAUACAGUAUAAAAGAAAUGGGAACAGAAAGAAGCCAGUCAAAGAAACCAUACAGCGACUAAAUCUCAAGAUUAUGGAAAGAGAAGCUUGUGUUGGAGAUUUCUGCCAUCUCUUGUUACAAAUUUACAAGAACACAAACAUUCUUUGACUCUAUUAUGUCGGGGUACUUACUCUCUUCAGGACUUACUAGAAGCGGAUGCAAUAUUCUCCCAGGGAAAGGCUAACUACAGUCGCCAGUGUUUUAACAACCAAGACCAAAUGAACAAGUAGAACUGCCUGUUCUUCAUAACAGAUCAUGGCAUUUAUUCUAACAAGUCACUAAAAGGAAUAAAUUUAGAAAGUCAUUUGAUUCACAAGAAUUCAAAUAUGAAGUGUCAAAGUGUGUUAUGCUUUGCUACUAAUGUGAUUUUCUACAUUAAAAAGCAUAAAUGUUUUCUAAAACAA